AUGGAUUCAGACGACGAUUCAAGCCAUCGUCAUCGCACUCAAGUACCACUACGCUCAAGCUCAAUUGAAAUUCAUCAAAAUGCAAAAUGGAAUCAAACCAGCGUAACUGUAGCCGGAGGAAAUGGAGAAGGCAAUGGAAUCAAUCAACUGAACUGUCCUUGGGGUUUGUAUGUUGAUGAUGAUCAAACUGUUUAUAUUGCUGAAGAAUCGAAUCAUCGUAUAAUGGAAUGGAAAUCAGGUGCGACAAAUGGCAAAAUUGUUGCUGGCGGAAAGAGAAAUCUAGUUAAUCACUUAAACCAUCCAGACGAUGUGAUUGUUGAUGAAAAACGAGAUUGUCUCAUCAUCUCUGAUUACAGGAAUAAACAAGUAGUCCGAUGGCCUCGUCAAAACGGCACCCGUGGAGAAACAAUUAUUUCAGACAUCAGCUGCGUUGGUUUGACAAUGGAUGACAUCGGAUGCCUCUAUGUUGUUGAUCAUGAUAAUAAUGAGGUGAAACGUUAUCCAAUUGGUGAAAGUCAAGGAACUUUAGUUGCAGGUGGCAAUGGACGGGGAAGUCGUCUCGAUCAACUCUCGGAUCCUUAUUACGUAUUUGUCGAUCGAGAUUAUUCAGUGUACGUGUCUGAUAAUUCGAACCAUCGUGUAAUGAAAUGGGAAGAAGGUGCAACACAAGGUAUUCUCGUAGCCGGCGGUCACGGAUGUGGAAGUGAUCUUACGCAACUAGAUGGUCCACUAGGAAUCGUUGUUGAUAAUUUGGGUACUAUCUACGUGACUGAUCGAUCCAAUCAUCGAAUUAUGCGUUGGCCGAAAGGGUCUACACAGGGCACUGUCAUUGCUGGUGGAAAUGAUUUAGGAUCACAGUCAAAUCAAUUGACUUAUCCCUACGGUUUGUCCUUCGAUCGGCAGGGCAAUUUAUAUGUCGCCGAUCAAGGCAAUCAUCGAAUACAAAAAUUUGAAAUCGAAUAG